AUGAAUAAGUAAUAAUUAUGGAUAUAAAGUGUAAGUGCAACACCUGCUACCAGAGUAGAUGUAUUAGAAUUAUAAAGUAGUUUAGAUAAAAAAUUAUAAUAAAGAUAAGCAAGAGAAACUGGUAUAUGUCCCAUAAGAGAAGAAUUAUACGCAUAAUGUUUUGAUGAGUUAAUUAGAUAAAUAACAAUUAAUUGUGCCGAAAGAGGUAUUUUAUUGGUUAGAGUUAGGGAUGAAAUUCGUCAUACUAUAUAAGCUUAUUAAACUUCAUAUGA